CUGGCGGGGCCAUCAAAGAAUUUCUUUUUUUUGACCCGAGUAUCAUCAAGCAUUGCCUCGAAACCAUCGCGGCAAAAGCCCCAAAUACACAACGGCAGCAAUGGCAGCACCAGCGACUUUACCAGCACUGCUGGAUUCUCUCACCAAAUCCAUCUCCUCUACUCUGGAGGUAGCACCGAAAAUCGCCAACAUUGAGCUCCCAAAAGAUGGCAUUUCGCUUCUCGACGUGAAGAACGAGCUGCUUCUUUCGUAUCUGCAGAACCUCGUCUUCCUUAUCCUUCUCAAAUUGCGCCAGGCAAAGAGCGGAGAUACCAAAAGCAACACAGAAGGCCAAAGUCUCGAUGACCUUGUGGUCUCCAAACUCGUCGAGCUGAGGCUGUACUUGGAGAAGGGAACGCGCCCGCUCGAGGACAAGCUUCGGUUCCAGAUCGACAAGGUCCUCCGCGCCGCCGACGACGCCGAGCGCAACGCAAAACAGGCGGAAGAGGCAUCCAAAGCCAACGGUAACGGAUCCGGUUCCGAAUCCGAGUCCGAGUCCGACAGCGAAGAGGGGUCAGAUGAGGAGAGCGACGAACAAGAGGCUCCCGCGGCCGCCGGGUUCAAGAUGUCGGAUCUGCAGCACCGCCCGAACCUCAGCAAUUUCCAGCGUCCAGCCGCGGCGGCGAAGUACUCCGGAAAGGAGACGGACGCCUCGGGUGUCUACCGGCCGCCCAAGAUCGCGCCGGUGGUCAUGCCCACCACCGAGAGGCGCGAGAAGGGCGACCGCAGGCCGCUCAAGUCGGCCACGCUGGACGAGUUCAUCGCCGACGAGAUGUCGACAGCGCCGAUCGCCGAGCCUAGCAUCGGUACCACGAUUGCCGACCGUGGCCGCAAGAUCAAGACCGCGGCUGAGCGCCGCAAGGAGGACGAGCGCCGCGAGUUCGAAGAGACCAACUUUGUCCGUCUGCCCAAGGAGAGCAAGAAGGAACGGGCAAAGAGACUCAGGCAGGAAGGCGGCAGCCGGCGGAUGAACUUUGGCGGCGAAGAAUGGAGGGAUCUGAGCGAGGGCGUGGACAGGAUCAGCCGGCUGACGAAGAGCAAGAGUUCUGGGGGCGGCACCAAGGCUCUGCUGGAGAAGAGCCGCAAACGUGGCAUCGACACCGUGGACGGGCCUCGUGGGAGCGGCGUCAGUAUGGGCGAGAGGUUUCAAAAGCGGCUCAAGGUUCUCGAGGCAGGCCGUGGCACAAGAGGCAAGGGCAGGAAAUGAACCCACGCCAGAGGCAAAAUACCAAUCCCCCCCCUUUUUUUCCCCCUCAUUUCUCUGCCUUUUCUUUCCAAAAAGGUCCCUCAGCAACUAUGAUCCAAAUACUGUUUACAUGAUAUAU